CAAAUGAGGUUUUUUGGAUGUUUUUCGAGUUUAACCCUCAUGAAGUCUUUGUUUUGGUCUUGUCAGGGUUUCAGAGCUGUGCUGCUGCUGUAUGUGCUCAUGCUUUUGUUAGAUGCUGCUGCUUCUGAGAAAAAGACUAAGAGAAAAAGAUAUCCCAAGUGUUCUGGUGCUGGAUGUAAAUCAAGAAGUCAAAAAAAGACUUGGGUCAUUCUUAACUCAACACUGAACAUUAAAAUGACUGACACUCUGUCUCCAGACAGAUCUCUGUCGCCUUGGACAUACACAACUUCCACAGAUGAUUCACGAAUCCCAUCAAUAAUCUCAGAGGCAAAAUGUGAAAAAAGGGGCUGUUUAACAAAAGACGGUGAGGAGGACCUGGGACUGGAGUCCAAACCCAUUUACUACCAGAUCAACGUCCUGAGAAGAGUGAAGAACAGAAACGCAACACUUUAUGCCCUGAAACUGGAGACGAAAAUAGUUAGUGUUGGCUGUACAUGUGUUCUACCAAUUGUUUUGCCUCAAAACUAGUUCGUACAGUGUGCUUCUUAUCACAUACUGCUAUAUUGUACACUGUAAAACCCAAAAAGUUAAGGUAACUCAAACCAUUUGAAGAAACCGAUUGCAACUAACCAUUUAAGAUCAAAAACUAAUCCUAAUGAGGACUGUGAACUUCAUCCAAUUGAAUA